AGUCCCAUAUUUAGAUGGCCCAGCUGGGACUGGAAUCUGGGCAGCUAGAGUUCUUAAACAUUACUUUUGUACUUAACUUGUUUAUAUUUGUUCCCACCAGACUUUAUCCUAGAAGAGAGGAAUAGAAAUGUUAGGGCCAGAGGGGCCUUAAACCCCAACUAGCCCAGCUCUCUCAGUAUUACAGAUGAGAGGGAAAAAGAAAGAAAGACAGAUCAAGCAAGUUAUCCAAGAUUGCAAAGCACACUAGCAGCUGAGCCCAGGCUAGAACCCAGACCCUUGAUACCCUGUUGCCAUUGCAUGAUAGACAACCAAAAGCCUUCCUAGUCCUUGAACGAAUGAAUAAACGAAUGGGCGAGGGAGCGAAGAAAUGGACGGAUCUCAGCAGAAUGCCUAGUGGCUCACUUUGGGUUUUCAUGGCACUGCUGGGUCAGAAGAACCAGGGGGUGAGGGGGCAGGGGCAGGUGCAGGGGAGGGAGAGAGAUGACCAGGGUGCGCCAGCCUGGAGGGAGCGCGGUGCUGCUGGUUAUGGGGAGCCAACCCCUGAAAGCCUAGCUACCCUUUGACCCUCCUGUCAGUGUCUCAUGACCUUAGAUUCACACUGAUUACUCUGUGGCCUUCUUAGCACAUUGCUAACAACUCUGUCAAUAUCUUACCAUUACAGAACUGUUAAAAGAGAGUCACUUUCAAAGGUUGGUCAGCAGCCUGCCUCUCUCGUAAAGUCUAUUAAAUAAACAUGCUUAGGCCCCUUCCUGGGAGAGAGGAGAGUGGCUGUUUACUACUGCCCCUUAGUUUGUAUACUGAUCUUUGGGGGUUCGAACACUGGCACCUGCCCCCAGAGCCAAACCUAGUGUCUCCAGCAGAGUAGCCAGGACUUUGAAGAAACUGGAGACCUACAGGACUGUGGCCCAUGGCAAACUGGAAAUGACCCAGCCCACCCUCUUGGGCCUCCUGGACAGGGCUGUGGUCAAUUUGUAGAUCUUCCCUUUGCUGGGCAAGAAGGAACCAAUCACUGGGCCGGUGCCAGGAGCUGGUCCCUGGGCGGGGCUAAGCGCUGUUACCUUUGUGCGGUUGUCUUUUCUCGCUUUGGCUGGCGGGGUUGGGUGGGUUGAAAGGGGCACUAGCCUCAAAGGAGAGCUUGAAGUGGGGGUGAAGGCUGUAGGGUGGGCAGAGGGCAGCAGGACGCCUGCCAGGGCCCAGAGCUUCGGAGGGAGCUGGAGUGUCUACAGCAAGGGACUGCCAGCCUUGUAGAUUUGCGAUGGUAAUUUGCUGAUGGUUCCUGGUAGCUACAAAGUCUCUAAGGCGGAGCCUGGGUCUUUGCAUAUGAAAAUCCAGCCUGGGUUCCCUCGCGGGUCAAGCAGCAUUGGGGCGGGGCCAAGGUUGGCUUCUGCCUGGGAGGGGCCGGGAUGCCGCUCCCAUGGUGAUGCAGCGGGGAAUUUGCUGACAGUCCCUUGCCAGGUGGGGCUGGCUUCACUAGGCCCGCGAGGAGGAGGACCGACUGGCAGUCUCCUCCCAGGGAGCCUCCCAGGAUGACUGUCUCGCCGGGCAACCUGAAUAUGGUGGAAAAGUCCCGGAACUUCUCGGCUGACGACUGCUUCCGCUCUCGGAGCACUGUCCUGCAGGGGCAGCCCUUUGGGGGUAUCCCCACUGUGCUGUUCCUCAACGUUAUCUUGUGGGUGGUCAUCGUCUUGGUUUACUCCUUCCUCCGGAAAGCCGCAUGGGACUACGGACGCCUGGCUUUGCUGAUACACAACGACAGCCUGACCUCGCUGAUCUAUGGGGAGCAGAGCGAGAAGACGUCUCCCUCGGAUAUUUCCCUGGAGAUGGAACACAGGGAUAAGGGCUUCUAUUCCUGGUUUUUCAACACCAUCACCAUGAAGAACGAAGAUCUGAUUAGCAAGUGUGGAGACGAUGCUCGUAUCUACAUCAUGUUCCAGUAUCAUCUCAUCAUCCUUGUGCUUAUCCUCUGCAUCCCCUCCUUGGGCAUCAUUUUGCCCAUCAACUACACUGGAAAUGUUCUGGACUGGAAUAGUCACUUUGGUCGGACCACCAUUGUCAAUGUCUCCACAGAGAGUAAGUUCCUGUGGCUGCACAGCUUCUUCGCUUUCUUAUACUUUGUCACCAACUUCCUCUUCAUGACUCAUCACUGUUUAGGGUUUGUGCCCAAGAAGAGCUACAAGGUCACAAGGACACUAAUGAUCACCUAUGUCCCCACGGACAUCCAAGACCCGGAGAUCAUCAUUAAGCAUUUUCAUGAGGCCUAUCCAGGGUGUGUCGUGACCAGAGUCCACUUCUGCUACGACGUCAGGACCCUGAUUGACUUGGACGAUCAGAGGCGCCAUGCAAUGCGGGGCCGGCUCUAUUAUACUGCCAAGGCCAAGAAGAAGGGGAAGGUGAUGAUCAGGAUCCACCCCUGCUCCCGGCUGUGCUUCUGCAAGUGCUGGGUUUGCUUUAAAGAGGUAGACGCAGAGCAGCAUUAUAGUGAGCUGGAGGAGCAGCUGACUGAUGAGUUCAACGCUGAGCUCAACCGCGUUCGGCUGAAGCGUCUGGACCUGAUCUUUGUCACCUUCCAGGACUCCAGGAUGACAAAGCACAUCCUGGAGGAUUACAAGUUCAUCCAGUGCGGUGUGUCGGCCCAACAGUCCUCGGUGACCACCGUCGUCAAAUCCGACCGCUGGAGGGUUGUCCUUGCUCCACACCCCAAAGACAUUAUUUGGAAACACCUGUCUGUCCGCCGCUUCCAUUGGUGGGCCCGCUUCAUCGCAAUCAACACCUUCCUCUUCUUCCUCUUCUUCUUCCUCACCACGCCUGCCAUUAUCAUCAACACCAUCGACAUGUACAACGUCACCCGCCCCAUCGAGAAGCUGAAGAGCCCCAUCGUGACCCAGUUCUUCCCCUCCCUGUUGCUCUGGGCCUUUACGGUGAUAAUGCCUCUGAUCGUCUACCUCUCCGCCUUCCUUGAAGCCCACUGGACCAGAUCAACUCAGAAUCUGAUCAUAGUGCACAAGUGCUACAUCUUUCUGGUGUUUAUGGUGGUCAUUCUGCCCUCUAUGGGACUGACCAGUUUGGACGUCUUUUUCCGCUGGCUCUUUGACAUCUACUAUCUGGAACAGGCAUCCAUCAGGUUCCAGUGUGUGUUCCUGCCAGACAAUGGCGCCUUCUUUGUCAACUACGUGAUCACGUCAGCUUUGAUUGGCACAGGCAUGGAGCUGUUGCGCCUGGGGUCACUCUUUCUGUACACCACCCGCCUCUUCUUCUCUAGGUCGGAGCCAGAGAGAGUUCACAUCAGAAUGAACCAGGCCAUGGACUUCCAGUAUGGGCGCGAGUACGCGUGGACGUUGAACGUCUUCAGCGUGGUGAUGGCGUACAGCAUCACCUGCCCCAUCAUUGUUCCUUUUGGGCUACUCUACCUGUGCAUGAAGCACGUCACGGACCGCUAUAACAUGUACUACUCCUACACACCCACCAAACUCAACGAGCAGAUCCACAUGGCUGCCGUCCACCAGGCCGUCUUCGCGCCGCUCCUGGGUCUGCUCUGGAUGCUCUUCUUCUCCAUCCUGCGGUUAGGGCCGCUACACGCCAUCACCUUCUUUUCCCUCUCCACCCUUAUCGUUUCCAUGAUACUGGCCUGCGUUGGCACUUUUCUGGGGAAGCUUCGGAAAGCGUCUGACUAUGAGCCUGAGGAGGAGAUGGAGACCGUGUUUGACCUGGAGCCCAGCAGCACCUCCUCCACACCAACUUCCCUUCUGUAUGUGGCCACUGUGCUGCAAGAGCCGGAGAUGAACCUGACCCCAGCCUCCUCCCCAGCCCGGCACACCUACGGCACCAUGAACGGACAGCCGGAAGAGGGAGAAGAGGAGAGUGGUGUGAGGGGCUUUGCAAGGGAGCUGGACUCGGCCCAGUUCCAGGAAGGGCUGGAACUGGAGGGCCAGAGCCAGUACCACUGACCAGGACCCAAGGCCUCCACCUGGCGACGCCAGCCGGGAGUGGCGGCCAGGGGAGAGCCCAGCAGGGGGAGGCAAGGAGGGUGGCCUGGACCGCCGCCCCACUACCUCCUGCAGACUUUGGGAAGGCCCCAACAGAGCCCCGGCUAUCUGUCGGCCACGUGGAGGCCCCGACCUGCUGACCAGCUAGAACGGGAGAUGACAGGCAGUGUCGAGGGACCCCAGGAUGGGAUGGAGGAUACCGACGAGGACCAUGUCUUGGGAGCAGGGGCUGGAGCCCUGAGCACAGAGACUGAAGGCUGGGGGACUUCCUGGGGUCAUGGUGGAGAAGGUUCGCAUCAGGGAAGAGGCAGGAGGAAGCCCACUGAAGACUCUCUGGGGUCUUCGCCACCCUUCCACCAGCUGCCCUGCCCAAGGAGCUUCUGCUGCUGUCCUACCCUAACCCUCACUCCCAGCCCACCCCUCUCCUGCAGUCUGAGGAAGCAAAGGUAUGUAUGCUGGGCAUCGCCAGCAAGACACAGACGGCCACCUCCUCCGGGUUUCCCUGCACGGGGAUCUGUAAAGAGAAAGUCUCUGCACCCACCCGCAGGAAGGGGCAGCUGAGACCAUAGACUUAAAGGAGGCGACUGAGCCCCUUCCUAUUCCUCUGCCCCUCAUCAGAUGUCCCCAGGAGAAGCAGGGUAGAGAGCCUUCUGCUUUCUAUUCCUGCAGGAGUAGCUGGGAUGUGGUCACGCAGGGCUCAUUAAAUGGCACCUGUGUGCAUUUUGAUGAAGGCUGCUGGUUACUGUAAGGUGGGCGGGGCAGAGGCAGAAUUCAUGGAAGGAGGUCUUCUCCCAAAAAGCUGAGUGAUGAGAAACCCGAUAUACCUCCCCAAGCCCGGGGGCCUAAUGAGAGGACCCCCAAGGUCGAGGUUGUGGCCACUGAGAGCUGCUCCGGCCGCAUACCCAUCUGAGUGCCUAGGCCCCCAGGGUGACCAAGGUGGGGGGUAGCUGAGGGUGAGAAGCCCUUGCUGAAAACUGAAGGCACUGGCCUCUCCCCGGCCUCUGAGCAGGACCCUUCCUCUCCUCUCGGGGCCGCCCUGCGCUCUGCAGUGAAGAGCAGUCCAGUGGCCUCCAGUGUGGUCCUGGCUCAGACACUGCGGAUGCCCUGCGGGGGAUUGAGGGGCGCAGGCGGGAGCUGCGUCCUCCAUGGACAGGCAGAGUAAGGCUGCCCUCCCGGGGCGGCCCCCCCACGAGGCCUGGAGGAGCCGAAUCCUGAGUGGGAACAACGCUGGUGCCACCACUGCUGCAGGCCGGGGGUGUGCAGGCCUCUGGGGACAGGCCCCCAUCAGGACCACCAGGCAGCCAGCUGGGGAGACAUGAAGAAGGGCUGGCCAGGGCCUGGGUGCACCAGAAUGAACCAAGUCAAAUGGGAUCUGCACGCUCUAAAGCUCUCCUGAGCGCCCUCCUCCAAAGAUCUGGGCCCCUGCAGCCAACCUACUGAAGGUGGGCGUCCAGGUUCACCUCACCUGGGUGUUUCCCACCGGCUGCCGGGCACACACGUGCUCCUGAGCUCAGAUCACCUGAGCCUCACUUCUGCUCCACCCGUGCCCACAUCCUGGCUCCAGAAGCUCCAAGCUUGACCCCAGAGGAGAAAUAGCACUUGAGGGGCAAAUACUGCUCUCCCCCGAGAGCUCAGCCCAGACCUUGGCGUGAGGGAUCUUUCCAGAGAGCCUGGCUCAUCUGGGAGGAGGCUGUCUCUCCUCGUCCAGGUAGGAAUAAGGAGGAAAUACCCAGCUGGUCCCUCGUAAACCCAGGCCCCGCAGGGCUAUCUCCCCCAAGCAUUUCACCAGCCAACAGGGGGAAGUGGUCCUUUCCAGGACAGUCCAGCACGGAGCCCUGCCCACCAUGGGGAGGUGGCAGCUCCAGGCCCUGCCCCACGCCCAGGUGUGUGGCGAGGGCCAUCCUGCCAGAAGCUGGCCUGAGGGCUCUCCUUCACUUGGCACUACUUGCUGGCAUCCGCCCUGGCCUCCGCAGCCCCUGCGGGACUGUUCCUGCUGCUUGUUUCGCCUCCCACUGCCCUGCUGGCAGCCUGUGGAAGCUACAUAUGGAAAGGUCCCAGCAGAUGCUAUGGCAGCAUGGCUGGGGCUUCCCCCUCUGAAUCUGGGUCAAGUGCAGUCUGGUUCUGAGAAGACGGUGAGGAUGUUGGGAAAGUUGCUGCAUCUACUGGCUUCUCUACUCUUCCCGGAGACCCUGGCCACAGCCGCUCGACCUCCCGUGGUCACUGCUGCGGGUGUGGGCGUACUUUGGCUCCUUACACGCCACAUCCAGGCCCUCCUCAAGCAUCUCCCCUCCAACCUGCUCUCUCGGCCCACACGCUUCUCACCCACUGGCCUCCGCCUACCACCAUCCACCCCAUCCCACUGCCCACUUCCCAGCCGCCCCUGCCCCA